AUGGACAAGAUUGUCCCCUCUCUACUUUUCAACUUGCAGAGUGGAGAAUGCACACAGAACCACUCCCCUUCGCUGCUGCGGAUGUCAGAGAAAGAAAAGAGUGGCUUGGUGGAGUUGACAGAGUGCUGCUUUAGGGAGCUUCUGAGACGAGCUGCCUAUGGCAAAAUCAAGAAUGUCAUCACACCCGUGCUAAUGCACUUAGAUAACCAUUCUCUAUGGGAGGGGACAACCUUUGCAGUGCAUUGCUUCAAAAUCAUUAUGUACUCCAUCCGAUCUCAGCACUCUCACUUGGUCAUCCAGCAGCUUCUUGGUCACCUGGCUGCUAACAGCAAGAACUCAGCCACAGUGCGAACUGGAAUCAUAGAGGUCUUGCUGGAGGCAGCUGCCAUCGCAGCCAGCUGCUCUGUUGGUCUCACAGUGUUGGAGAUUUUCAACACUUUGGUGCAGCAGCUUCAUUUGAGUGUUGACUAUGAGUUGACAGGUUCAUAUGAUGGCAGUAUCAACAUCGGAUCUGAGAUCACCAACGCUCACGAGGAGAGGCAGCUGCAGGAGGCUGUCAUCCGUACCAUCAGUUCAUUUGCCAACCCUCUGCCAGCUUACCAGAGGUCAGAAGUCAUGCUCUUCAUUAUGGGCAAAAUCCCUGGUAUUCACACAGCCGUGCCAUCCACAGGCUCAGGGCCUGAGGGUACCAGGAUGAUUCAAGUCAUGUUACUUAAGUCCUUAGUCCAGGUGACAGCAAGUUUCCAUACCACCAACAUGCUGAAAACCCAGCUAAGCUCUUACCUGGAGCCACUGCUGUCCGUGUCUCUCACCAAGGAUCCAGAGGUACAACUGUUGGCACUGCAAAUACUUAUUAGUCUCAUGGAUUGGCAUGACAACAGGUCCAAGCUCCUCAGCAUGAGCAGCAUCCUGGACAUAUCUGUGCUCAAGAUCAAAGUGGUCAAGUGUUCCAGACAAGAUAACUUAUUCAUGAAAGGUCACGGCCAGCAGCUUUACCAACACAUCUACUUGGCGUGCAAGGAGCAGAGCAAUGGUAGGCAGCAUUACGAGAACCUUUUUGCUUUGUUUGCCAUUUUGAGUGUGGAGCUGGCAAAUCCAGAGGUGGUUCUGGACCUCGUUCGCCUGACAGUUGCAUUGCAGGACCUGGCACUGUCAACUGACGAGGAUCUGCCUAUUUACAAUCGCUGUGCUAUUCAUUCCCUGACUGCCGCUUACUUCAACCUUAUUUGCCAGCUCACCACUAUUCCAGCCUUUUGCAAGUAUAUACACAAGGUUAUUAAGGUCAGACAGGUAAAUAGCCCUCACCUUUUACCCGAGGGUGUCUUCACGGACAACCCCAAGCUGCCUGCCUCACUGGAGAAUGUGGAAGGGGAUGUUUUAUUUCUCCAGUCAAAAAUCUCUGAAGUCCUUGGGGGUGGUGGUUAUAACACAGAGAGACUUUCUAUACCUUUCAUUCCUCAGUACACAGAUGAUGAUCAUCUGUCCAUUGGUGAAACUGUCUCACAGGUGGAGUUACAGUCUAGAAAUAGUCCAGAGAAAGAAGAGAGGAGAGUGACAGAGGAGAUCACAUUCAAAGCCUUGAAAAAUGUCAUUGUGGGCAAUGUGGAUAUGGAGGAGCAGGACAGGGAGUGGAGGAGACAAGUGAUGGAGAAGUUUCAGAAGGCCCCCUUUAAGGAAAUAGCUGCACAUUGUGGUCCAAGGGCCACACAACUGCAUAGGAGACUAAAUCAAAUCUUAGAGAUUACAAUUAGACCUCCACCCAGUCCUGCUGGAACCAUGUUAUCAAGUCAUGGCCAAAGUCAAAGAUCAUCUGUACCCAUCUAUGACAUGACAUUUCCUGUCCUGUUUUUGUACUAAACCAGAAAGUCAACUGAGGUGUUGAAUAAGUAUUGUACACACUUUAAUGGCUGUAAAGUUGUUAACCACAUCAUUUACAAGAGAUAUUCAGCAAUAACAAAUGUUGUAUCCAGGCCACUUUAAAACAUUUUUUUAACUUAGUCAUCUGAAAUGACAAUUAUUUCACUCAGCGGGCAGAACUUCAGGCCAUCCUGAACAAAACCACCCACAGCCACCUAUCUCUCUGUCUGUAUGCAUGUACGGUAUAUACACACAAUUUACACAAUAUGUUUUUUGUUUGUU